GUCCGGAGGGCACCAAAAGCUAAAUAAGCGGAACGCACGCGCGCAGUACAUUACACCCACAAAUUUUUCAAGUAUUGUAUACCAAAGGAGGAGCACUAUUAGUAGGAAGAAAAAGCAUCGAGGCAUCGAGCCAUGGCCUCCGGUGGCCUGAAACCCAGGUUAGGCUACAUCAUCAUGUACACGAGCGACGUGGAGAAGGCCGCCUCCUUCUACGACGCCGCCUUCGGCUACACCGUCCGCCGCCUCGACGAGUCCCGCAAGUGGGCGGAGCUGGAGAGCGGGGCGACGACCAUCGCGUUCACGCCGCUACACCAGCGGGAGACGGACGCGCGCUCGGGGGAGGUGCAGCUGCCGGACUCGGCGGCCGCCGAGCGGGGCGCCCUGGAGGUCUGCUUCGCCUACGAGGACGUCGACGCGGCGUACAGGCGCGCCGUCGAGAACGGGGCGGUGCCCGUGAGCGCGCCCGAGGAGAAGCCCUGGGGCCAGAAGUCCGGCUUCGUGAGGGACAUGGACGGCAACGUCGUGCGCAUCGCCAGCUACGUGCGAGAGUAAUAUAUAAUAAUCGCAUUCGGCUACAUCGGUCGAUCAGCGUUAUUAGUUUCCCAUGCCGUGUCACAUAAACUAUAUAUACGUGCGUACGUGUAUAUGUGUACCAAAAAAUAAAAUAGUAUGUUGCAGGUUAAGUAAAAGUAGUCGUGGGGAUAUAUACACACGGUUUAGUCGGCUGUGUUAAUAACUUUGUAAGGUUCAUGAGUAGGCUAGUGUGCUCGAUUAGUAAUAUAAAAAAUAUAUAUACACACGGCUUAGUCGGCUGUUUUAGAGUACUUGUAUUGAUCAAAUAUGUUUAUCAA